GUUACAUUCGAACCGUUCUACUCGCAGCAAGUAAACAUUUCGAAUCGGCGCUUUUAUCCUCUCGAAUAAAUUGCGUACCUGAAUGUGUAGAGCGUGAUUGCGCCUAUUAGCUACUGACCAAUCGAAACGGAAAGGUCGAAUCUCUGUUUUCCGAAUUAGAUUGACGCCUUUGAUUAUUGGCGAAGUGAUUAUAGUAUUUCGCGCCGGCCGGUCAGUGUCGCACAAUUUGCACCGUACAUCAACCUCAAUCAUAUAGGUUUCGAGUGAGACGAACAAGGUCAACAAGCAAAAGUGUGUACAAACGUACGAAAGAAAAAUUCGGUGCCUGUGUAGAUUUGUAGUCGCUAAUUCGGUGUGGUGCGCGAAGUCGCUACUACCCGAGCGGGUUAUUAUUGGAUUCUCAGCGCAAGGAAAGAGAACCAUGUAAACUGGACACCACUUGGAAGUGAGUGCUAGGAACAUAACUCGGAGUGAAUCAAAUUGAGACAGUGGUGAUCAGCGACCCUCAGUGAAAGCAAAGAGAAAACAGCAAACGAUCUGUUAGUGAUUGUGCAUAAAACAUUUCAAAAUUUCUCGGGUGAAAUCGCAGAACCUUUCAAGACACAAGAAGUGUGAGUGUUCGUUUGCCAAAAACAGAUAAACAAGUCAGCGGAAAAUUCCCAUUCAACCGGAAGAACCACACAGAAGCGAUUCUCGGAAGGCAUUCCUUGUUGUUGCAUUUGGAACUACUGACCCACAGAAAGACACCAGCAACGUUACUUUGUCCUCUAAUUCCAUUUAAUGGAUACCAAAAUGAAUCUAUCGUUUGCCGGUUGUGGUUUUCUCGGAAUCUAUCACGUCGGAGUGGCCGUGUGCUUUAAAAAGUAUGCACCCCAUCUGCUGCUGCAUCGAAUCAGUGGAGCCUCGGCCGGCUCGCUGGCGGCGUGCUGCUUGCUCUGCGAUAUGCCUUUGGGUGAAAUGACCUCGGACUUCUUUCGGGUGGUGAAUGAAGCGCGCAGCCACUCGCUGGGUCCGUUCAGCCCGCGGUUCAACAUUCAAACGAGCCUGCUGGAGGGUCUGCAGAAGUUCUUGCCGCCGGAUGCGCACGAGCGCGUCAACGGCAAGCUGCACGUUUCACUAACCCGGGUGUACGACGGCAAAAAUGUGAUCGUGUCACAGUUCAACAGCCGGGAGGAUUUGCUACAGGCCUUACUCUGCGCGUGCUUCAUCCCGGUCUUCUCCGGGAUCCUUCCGCCUCGCUUCCACGGCGUACGCUACAUGGACGGGGCAUUCUCCGACAAUCUGCCAACCCUGGACGAAAACACCGUCACUGUCAGUCCGUUCUGCGGCGAGUCGGACAUUUGCCCCCGCGACAACAGCUCCCAGAUGUUCCACGUCAACUGGGCCAACACCAGCAUCGAGCUGUCCAAACAGAACAUGAACCGGUUCGGGCGCAUCCUGUUCCCUCCGCGUCCGGAAAUUCUGUCCUCAUUCUGUCAGCAAGGGUUCGACGAUGCACUGAACUUCCUCCAUCGGAACAAUCUGAUCAGUUGCACCCGGUGCCUAUCGGUGCAGUCGACCUUCUCGGUUAUUGAUCAGCCGAAACAGCUGGAGGAGAAGCUCCUGGAAGAGUACGAUCCCGAGUGCAGUGAGUGCAAGGAUUGUAAUGAGCAUCGACAGAAUGCUCUCGAUGGUAGCAUGCCCGACACAGUGCUGACCGUGUUCCAAACGUACAUCGAGGAAGCAAAUAAGGGGCUAAUGAACUGGGUGUUCCGACACCGGGGAGCCAGACUGCUGAAGGCAUUGUCGCUGCCGGCCACAUUGCCAGCGGACAUCAUGGUCGCUACCGUCACCAAUGCCGUUGGCGAACGUGUUGAACGGCGCCAGUACCGGUACAAGGUUCUAGGAAACAUAAUCUGCCCCUCGACUGCUGCUGGUAGCAGUUCGGAUGGUGUUAGUGUAGGUGGGCCGGUGAAUCCCUGCUGCAGUAAAUGCCGGACACGGCAGCAGCGAGCACUUGCACUUGUCGGCAGAGACGAAGUAUCUACGGUUAACAUCCACACCGCCAGAAUGGUGCCAGAAAUGGAUCCGAUGCUCCAGGCACUAGAGAUACGGUUGAGACGACUCCUGGUAGCGACUCCCAGCAUAGGCAGUCAGCUCUGGUCGGUCAGUAAAUUUGCCCUCAAAACCCUGAACGUUAUCCUCCAGCGAGUUCGCCGGGAGCAGCAGAUGACAGCCAGUUUGGAGUGUCAGGUGGCCUACACAGAGUACUUCGGUAGCGGAGGAAAACUGGUCAGUACUCACACAAAACGGCUAAGUAACCGUGCCUCCGUGGGGUCUCUGAUGGACGUGCGGGUGGAUAAUGGAAACGAGUUAGUUGCCAUUCCUGGUGUCGGUGGCCCCGUGGGUAAUGGAGAAAACGAUCAAAUUGAUCAUCACAAGUACGGUCGGGGUAGGGCGGACCAGGAAGCCGGUGAAGACGUUCAUCCAGACUACGACACUUUCGAUCACAUUCUACAGGCGACCACCCACCAUGACGCCAUGUACGCUUACUGCUACAUGGGCGAGGACAACAAGGUGAAGGUAACGGAGAUAUUCGACAUUACGGACGAUUGCAACCCGGCGCUGCAGACGGUACAGGAGCGGGAGGUGAACCAACAGCUGGAGUUCGAUAGCGAGUGGGAAACGACACAGCCAGAUUUCAUCUACACCCCUUCGUACGAUCGAGACAAUCUGAUCGAUGUCGAUGAGCUGAUGGAACCGUGCCUGUAUCCGAACCAGCACCCGCACGCGCAUCACUACCGCCACGAGUACACCCACAAGCAAAGUCAUCCCGCCGAUGAGAACAACCCGUCCGGAACGCCUCCGCUGCAGUGGCAGCAGCUCCAGAUCGAAGAACUGCCCGGCGACGGCGAUGGCAGUGACGCCUAUCUGCAACCGGAAGCGGACCAGCAGCAGGCCCUGCUGUCGGAAGCUACCGCGCUUCUGCUCAGUCAACCGCCCAGCUCAUCGGUCUAUUCGAUCGUCGAAAUGUGAUCCGCACGCACGCUGGAACAGCGUCCUCCGCCACUACUGACGUACACCAUGUUGAUAUUAGUCCAUUAACGGAAUCCAUACAGUUACCAUAACAAACAAUACCUAAAACAGGGAUGCAACGUGAGAGAAUCUUUGCUUACAAUGUAUGUGUGUGUGCAGUUUGUGUGUCGAAGAGUGUGUUGAGUUGUUCACCCACAACUGCAAGUUGAUGCGUGUUUUAUAAUCGAAUCUUAUGCUUGAGGAUGAGUACGAAGGACGACGUGCCAGUAGCGGAACUAAUAGGCAGGAACCUAUAAGUUUCUAGACAGAAUCAAAGUCCCAACCGUCCCUAAAAUGACAAUGAAGAACAAUACUAAAGUUAAUGCAAUGAAGCGAGUGUGAGAGUGAUUAUCAUUCUUCAUCAGUGUAUUUUAUCAUGUCGAGUAUCCGAACCAAAUCGUAUUUUGCCUUGUUUUUAAUUUUAAUAAACUGAAAACUAGAAUGUGAUCUUCAAGAAUGUUACAAUACUGGAAGCUAUCCAAAGGCUGUGCAAUCGGGAGAGUUUCCUUUGUCAGAUCCCGUAAAUAGUGAUCGUAACUGAGAAAACGAUGCUAGAUAUAGAGAAAUACUAAUCAAACGAAACCAUUGUACCUUAGCAGUAGCCAAGUGAAUAGCUCAUAUCGAGAGAAAACAUUCAACUAAAGUAAGAUGAAACAUGAAGUUUUAUUGCGUAGUAGUUAUUUUAUUUUCUUGAAUACUUUUGUCAAAUAUAUUUUAGCCAUUUGAAAUUAUGUCUCGUAUUGUAUGGUUUGUAAUAGAGGCCAAUGGCAAACAUUGCAUUCACUGUUCGAUAGAUAAUAUUUUAUUUGAUUUUUUACUAUAAUUUAUAUUCAUGCAGCAUGCGAAGUAAUAUAGUCCGGUCGGUGAUGUAACUGCAGAUCCAUUAUUUAUAUUAUAUGUGAUUAUUUACGAUGAAAUAAAAGUUUUCAAACAA